AUGAAGUUAAAAAUCGUUAUAGUUUUGACAUUCGCGCUUACAAUUGAUCCAAGUUACCAACUAGGAUUAAACCCCCUUGAAAGUGUCCAACAAAAGUUAGACGCGACGAUAGACGCCGCAAAGAUUCAACUUGACGAUAAUUUAACGGCGGCGAGGAGAAAAAUCGAUCAGGUUGCGGCUGGAUUAAAAGAAACCGCGGAAUCUGCUGGGCAGGUUGUUUACGAUCAAAUCCGCGGGUUUAUCGAUAAGUUUGACGAUCAAUUAAAAGAGCUCGAAAAAUCUUCAGGCCAAAUUGACGUCUCAGAUUGUAUGGCACUAGCAAGCCCCAAGGAUGCGAUAGCACUAGGGGCGAUGAUGAACGUGAGCACUUGUAUUAUUGACCAGCUCGAACUUGGAGAUGGAAUCCCUGAGAGCGUUUUCAAAGUUACAGGGGAGGUUCGUGAAAAUCUAACGAGUGUCCAACAAGAAUCUCAAAAGUGUUUUCAAGACGUAGGAUUUACCGCUGUUCUUAAAGCCACUGCAUGCGCUGCUAAAAUGACUGCAAAAGCAACCUGGAUAACAGCAAACAGUGUACCUGUGAUAUUAACAACUACUGUUAGCUUGACCAAUCAGAUGGAGAAGCUGCCAAUAAAUGUUCCCUCUUGUGCUGUAAACAGCGGAAUUGAAAAACUGCCAAUGAAAUAUGCCGAGCUUUAUGCUCAAGUUAAACAGUGCAUUGAUAGAAAAACCUCCCAAGCGUAG